GCGCCGGCGCUCAGAAGCCUACAAUCGACUGGGACUUUUCUUUGGGUUAGGGUAGCGGCGUCUGCGCUUGCGCAAUGUCCCAGCCCCUCUGUCCGCGGCGCUGAGCCAGCCGGGACGGACAUGCGCGGGACGGAGGCUGGCGGCCGUACGGCGGCGGCGGCGGCGGCGGCUGCCGCGGCUCUGCUGAGGGAAUGAGGGCUGCCCGUUAACCCAGAGUCCCUGGUCGUCGCUGCAGAAGCACCAUGUCCACAGCCGGCGUUGCUGCUCAGGAAAUCAGAGUGCCCUUGAAGACUGGAUUUCUAAGGAAUGGCCAGGCCAUGGGGAGCCUGAAGAGCUGCUGGGGAGGCCGCCGGGGCUUUGACAACAACUUUUUAAAUAUUGACCCAAUAAGCAUGGCCUACAACCUGAAUUCCACCACGCAGCAGCACCUGACCACCUUUGGGCACAUUUCCAAGCCCGUCCCAGUGAACGGCCACUGCUUUGCCGAGAACUGUUUCAGGACGCCAUCCCAGAUGAAGCCUGCCUUGCCGCCUCUCAUCAUUCCCCCGAGCGAUCCCUUUGGGCAGAUUGAAGAGGACCGAGUGGUUUGUGGUGUGAAGAAGCUCUCCGUGAAUGGGGUUUGUGCUGCUUCCAAAAGUCCCCCCCUGACCCCCAUAAAAAACGGGCCUUCCCCGUUCUCCUCGGUGACUGCCUGUGAGCGGGGUUCCAGGCCUCUCCCCCCUCUGCCCAUCUCGGAGGACCUUUCUCCCGAUGACACAGACUGCGAGGUGGAGUUCUUGACCAGCUCCGACACAGACUUCCUCUUAGAAGACUGUACCCUUUCUCUCUUAAAAUACGGGGUUCCCAGCAGGCGGAGCUUCCGGGGCUGCGGGCAGGUCAACUACGCAUAUUUUGACACCCCUGUGGCUGCCUCUACGGCAGAAGACGGGAGGCCGCCGUCCGACCACAACGGCAACGUGCAGAACUCGACCCCCGGCCUUCUUCAGCAGUCCCACCGGAAGCUCCGCAGGUCCCAUUCCGGCCCGGCCGGCUCCUUUAACAAGCCGGCCUCCAGGCUGUCCAGCCACUUACUUCGAGCUUCUCCCAAUUCAGAUGAAGAUAAACCAGAGGUGCCUCCCCGGGUGCCCAUACCUCCCAGGCCAGUGAAGCCAGACUACAGAAGGUGGUCGGCCGAAGUGACUUCCAGCACGUACAGUGACGAAGACAGGCCCCCCAAAGUGCCUCCGAGAGAACCCUUAUCACGGAGUAACUCGCGCACGCCGAGCCCGAAAAGCCUCCCGUCUUACCUCAAUGGGGUCAUGCCCCCCACGCAGAGCUUCGCCCCUGAUCCCAAAUACGUCAGCAGCAAAGCCUUACAGAGACAGAACAGCGAAGGGUCGGCCGGCAAGGGGCCUUGCAUUCUGCCCAUCAUUGAAAACGGGAAGAAGGUGAGUUCCACGCACUAUUACCUGCUCCCCGAGAGGCCGCCGUAUCUGGACAAAUACGAGAAAUUCUUUAGGGAAACGGAAGAACCCAGCGCGAGUGCCCACGCUCAGCCGCCAUCCAGCGACUGCAGGACAGCUGCAGCGACAGAGAAGCUGGACUCCAAAGCUAAGACGGACCUCGAGGGCCAGGGGAAACGCAAGCAUUUAUCCUACGUGGUUUCUCCCUAAACUCUGGGAAUAUCAUUCAGCAACGGGCACAGAGAGAGGGCCGCUUGGGCUGGGCUCUCCGGGGCCUCUUCAGUGCUGUCGAGGUCGGCCAGAGGUCUCUUGGGGCAAAGUGAACAGCUCGAGUCUCUCUCGGUCUUGAAGAGAAAAUGGUGAAUCAGCUGUAAGGUGUUGUUCUGAGCAUCCCUCAGUUUUCUUUCUAUUCAAGUCUAUAUAAUUUAAAGAUGUGAUGUUGGGGGGUGGGGAAACAUAUCUAUAUAUCUAUAUAUAUCUAUAUAUAUCUAUAUAGGAACUUGUGGUAUAACCAUAGUUGCAAGGUUAACCAAUAGUUACUAUCUUAGAGUAAUAUAUAUAUAUAUUCAGAGUAAUUAAAAAUCCAAGCUGGAGAAAUGAGACUGUGCUGCCAGACUGAAAACUGAGCAAAGUGAAAGGGACAGUAUUGUUUCAUUCAGAGCCACCGCGGGUUCUGUUUAGUGGGAUGGGGGGGCUUUCUGACAUUUGAUUUUUUUUUUUCUUCGAGUUUGACUUUUCCCCAGAAACCUGGGCCUCCUUAUGCAAGGAACAGAGGCUGGAACACACCAGCCCGUUUCAUUGCAAAGUCUGAUUGGCUUCUCCUAAAAGCUCAUUUGGGAAAUAUUAUACUACCUAGACAUAGCUCACACUUGGAAAAGUGAAAAGAAAGCAAAAUGAGUAAGUGACAUCACAUAAAACCAGACUUUAUUUCCUUCAUGGUGCCUUCUGAAUUCUUUUUACCCACUAAAACAACACAUUACAGGAAAAAAAUGCCACUUUCUCUCCCCGGGGCAGUGGGAUGGAUAAGCCUCUCCCAGAUGGAAAGGCACCAAGGUGUUCACACUGUCAUCGUUGAUAGCCAAAAAGGAAACGGUGACCGAGAUCCAGAGUCCCUUCUCAUUUGGGUGGGUGGGCUGGUUUUUUUGUUGUGGUUGUUUUGUUUUUAUAAACUUCAGACUGUAUUAAUAACCGGAAGUACAACACAAGCUGGCCUUGUGUUGCUGGUUUCUAUUCAGUAUUUUCUGGAGGUGGUUUUGCUUUUUAAGUGGAACACUUCCGCUGACCAACAGCACAGCACGUCUUAAUGUAUAAGGGGCCGGAUCGUCCUCUUCUUCCACCCUGAGCACAAAUGAGCUGAUUCAUUGCUUCUGAGUCUGCACCCAUUCAUUGCUUGUGUUCACCUCUGUCUCUCUCUGUCUCUGUCUCUUUCUCGUGCUUUCAUCGUAUUUAUCCUCUUUGGAGAAGCACAGAAGAAGGUGCUUGUGAUGUUCUCCUGACAGUAAAAACAAGCUGUUUACAGUUUAAACUGCUGAAUGAUAUUAUUUGAGCUAUUUAAAGCUUAUUAUAUUUUAGUACAGUCUAAAUGAAGGUGAAAACAUGCGAUAGAAAAUGCACUGAUUUCUGCAUCACGUGUACAGUAUUGGACAAAGGAUUUUAUUCAUUUUGUUGCAUUAUUUUGAAUAAUAUGUCUUUUCAUUUUAAUAAAGUUAUAAUAUUUAUGA